GAGGAAACUAGCAACAUGGAUACUAAAUUCACAGGCAAAGACAUUUAUCAGGAGGAAUUUGAUCCUUGGGGUUAUUUGGAUACAUACUAUAACCUAAAAUCAGGCGUUUUGGUGACAGACGGCUUUCUGGAUUUCGCUUUGAGAAAGCUUCAUGAAACAUUCACCGUGCAUGGAGUGAAGGGGGAAACACUUAUUGACAUUGGCCAUGGACCAACAAUUUAUCAGGACCUUUCUGCAUGUGAAUCAUUCAAAGAGAUCAUUGGUGCUGACUAUGCUGACCGUAGCCGCGAGUACUUUGAAAAAACUGUGAGAAAUGAACCAGGAAUAUUUGACUGGACAAGUGUUAUACAAGCAGUCUGUGACCUGGAGGGAAAGGGAACAACAGUUGAAGAGAAGAGAGAAAAACUGAAAAAGACAGUAAAAAAGUCUAUUAAAUGUGAUGUAACUAAAAGCAAUCCUGUGGCACCUCUGGUGCUGCCCAAAGUUGACUGUGUAAUGAGCCUUGGGUGCCUGGAAUGUGCCAGUAAAGAUUUGGAUAGUUACCGCAAUGUACUCAAAAACAUUUCGCCUUUGCUAAAAGUGGGGGGGUAUUUAAUCCUUUCUGAGAUUCUUAACUGUACUUCCUACUUGUCAGGAGGCAAAAGGUUUUCUUGCUUAUCCUUAAAUGAGGAAUUUAUGAGAAGUGCUAUAACUGACACUGGCUUUGCUAUAAUAGAUCUGGAGGUUAUACCGAGAAAGUAUGACAAAGAGCAGUACAAUAUCUGUAAUCAUGACUCAAGCUUGUUUGUUCUUGCACGCAAACUGAGGGAUAUUUAGGUAGGAAAGAAUUCAAGGCAGGCUAUGUCAGCAUUCUCUCAUCUGUAUUUGUGACAUCUAUUAUAGGCCUACUUAUUCUCCCCUAAGGAGAAUAUUUUUAUAUAGUCAUACAUGUGAAAUCAAAAUACCUAUAGUGAACUUUAUUCUCCAUUAGUAAUUGCCUCUAUUAUCCUGUUUUUGUUUGUACUAUGUUAUCUAUUUUCCAAUAAUACUGCAUUAUGAAAAAAGAGCUGAGUGUUUCCAUAUAAUACAUAUAUUAUUAUAUAUAUAUAAUACAGCUGUUAUCUAGUAUUGGUUCUGUGUGUCAGUGCAUUUUUGCAUAUGUAAUAUAAACAAUGCAUUCAAAUGUAGAUCUACAUGGUACAGUGUUACAGAAAUUCUCCUCCACACAUACAGUAGCAAAGGCAAGACAAACCUUAUAAAUCUUUAGACAUUCAGACAUGUAAAAGUAUAUACUAUAUACCUAUACUGAACUUUAUUAAAUGUACUUUGUUCUCCAUUCACCAAUAAUUGCCUUUGAUAUUUUAUAACACAGUAAAAUAUUUUAUUAUAAACACUGAACAUUUUAUUUUGCUUGUUCCAUCUAUCUGCCAAUAAUAUUGCAUAAAAUACACAUAUCUGAGCGUUUACAUAUACAACAUACAGCUGUCAUGUGGUAUUGUAUCUGUGCAUAUUUACAUGUAGAAAACACCGGUGGAGAAAAUAAGGCUGUGUGCCGCUAGGCUUAGAGAAGGUUUAUGUUCACUGUAGGUUUCCUAUAAACUAGAAAUUGAAUUCUCAAACACUGUUUAACUAAAUGGAGCUAUAAAUACCUUGGUUUAUGAGGAGUUUAAUAAAGAGUGUCUGCAUUUAAAAAUGCAA